CAGCCAGUGACACACAACACAACAUCAGCCCUCGCAGCAUCCGCAUCUCACGGCCAGGAGGACCAGGAGCACAUCUUCAUCCAGGCAUCCAUUCCACAACUGCCUCCCACCGCCUACACCAGGAGUGUUCAUCCACCGCUUGCUUCCUCUUUUCUUUUCUGCAUCAGCUCGGAUUAUUUUCUUUGUUGCAUUUAUAUUCUCCGAAAUGGUUUUACGUUUUAAUCGCGUCUUGUAAGGAAAAACAAGCUCGGGACGCAGAGCAUCAUCGUUACAACGCAGUUCUACCCCCAUUGAACAGGAAAUCUGCAGCGGCCAUCCGGAGACACAAGCAGAGAGCUGAAUUACAGCAGCUCACAGGACAAUUUCCUGCUUGGCUUUAGAUGCCAAGCGGCAGCCUGUAGCCCGGGACUCGCUUUGAGACCCUCAGGAUCUCCCCUGGCAGACGCUCUUCUGACCCAGUGCGGCUAAAGCCCCUGGACGCCCGCCCUCAGUCACCAUGGGAACCGUGCUGUCUUUGUCACCCAGCUACCGAAAGGCGGCUCUCUUUGAGGAUGGCCCGGCCACUGUGGGCCACUACACAGCCGUCCAGAACAGCAAGAACGCCAAAGACAAGAAUCUGAAGCGGCACUCACUCAUCAACGUUCUCCCAUGGAAGCGGAUUGUAGCCGUGUCGGCCAAGAAGAAAGGCUCCAAGAAGGUGCAGCCCAACGGCAACUACCAGAACAAUGUCACCCACCUGAACAAUGAAAACCUGAAGAAGUCGCAGUCAUGCGCCAACCUGUCCACCUUCACCCAGGAUCAGAGCACUCCAGCUCUCACCAAGAGCUCCAACAACACAGUGUCGUCUGUCAAGAAGGCCCCCCUGGCCAACUCCAACGUGGCCCCUGGGACCCCAAAGAGAGUGAUUGUCCAGGCCUCCACCAGCGAGCUGCUGCGCUGCCUCGGGGAGUUUCUGUGCCGGCGUUGUUACCGCCUGAAACACCUGUCACCCACUGACCCAGUGCUGUGGCUGCGCAGCGUCGACCGCUCCCUGCUGCUGCAAGGCUGGCAGGACCAGGGAUUCAUCACCCCUGCCAACGUGGUCUUUGUCUACAUGCUGUGCCGCGACGUGGUCUCCUCCGAGGUGGCCACGGAGCACGAGCUGCAGGCCGUGCUCCUCACUUGCCUCUACCUGUCUUACUCCUACAUGGGCAACGAGAUCUCCUACCCUCUGAAACCCUUCUUAGUGGAGAGCUCCAAGGAGACCUUCUGGGACCGCUGCCUGUCCAUCAUCAACCUGAUGAGCUCAAAGAUGCUCCAGAUCAACUCCGACCCACACUACUUCACUCAGGUGUUCGCCGACCUGAAGAACGAGAGCCAGAAGGAGGAGGAGAGGAGCCGUUUGCUCAUCGGCCUGGACCGGAGGGUGAGGGCCAUCGCCUGACUGGCUUUCUUCAUGCAUCGUGGAUGAACAUGCAUCCCCGGCUGCAAACUCCUGGCUCUUUGGAAUGCCGACACCACAUCCCCUUCAUUCAUACGGAUACGACUGGACAUUUUUGUUUGUUUGUUGCCUGCAAUGCAUAUCUGAAAGAACAGCAGGGGCCGUCAAAGCUGGAUCCACUUUAUUGUUGUGGGUUUCUGUUUGUGGCUUUGCAACAGGACUGCACAAGGGAAGACUGAAUGGACAAUAAGCAAACACUGCAUUGUGGGACUUUUGAUAAGAAGACCAGAGGACGUGUGGCCCAUGAUGAGUGGUCAUACUGUGUGUGUGUGUUCAGAAACACCUGCUUUAUUUUCUUCUAGACAAAAAAAUAAAAGAACAAGUUAAUGGCUGUUUUACUCCCCAGAGGCUUACACCUAUGGAGGCUUAUUUAUUGCUUUUCUGGAACAAGUUUUCUUUCAAUUCUUUUUUUUCUUUUUUUUUUUUUACUUAGAAAUGUAAUGUUUUGCACGUGUGCCAUGCAAUUUUACAGAGUUUCCGGGAGGGCAGGAGCAACUAUUACUUUUCUUCUUUUUACUUGAUUUGUAAUCCAACUGCAUCUGCAUUAGAGAAUGCUGUGAACAAAGUGACACUAGUUUUUUUAGCUAUGCUUGCUAAAAUAGGCUAUUUGUUUACAAGGGAAAUUCUUUUUGUACUUUUGUCUAUAGGUUGUGUUGCAACCACUUUGGAAUGAUUUUUGUGCUUAUGAUUCAGCGUAGAAAAUGUUAAAACAGUGCCAUAUCUUUGAUGAAAAUCCCACAGGUCUGAGAUACUGGACUGUUUGUCUGGCUGUUGACUGAUCGGGUGGGUUUUCUGGUAACUACUUACUGACACCUAAUUUAUUGCCAUUUAUGUAUUUAUUUAGGCACAUUUAAUGUAAAUGAGAUGAGAGACGUUGAAAAGGGAAACACAUGGAGAGGCUACGGCUGGCUUAGCAGGUGUGCUUAUCUUUGGUGGGAAUGAAGAUUGAUCUGGUUUACGCAAAUGAAUGUUGUAGGAUUGUAUUGAUGAAUACCCAAUUGAAAAUCCCUUGGGUCGAAACCAAUGUCAAAUCUGACCAUCACCAAAGUGACAUCAUCAAGGACACCUUGACAGAACAACACAUCAUUGACUUUACUUUAAGAAAAUGUCCUAAGAACAUCUUUGGCCUGCACGAUGAGCUAACCCAACCUGCUGUCCCACAUAUCAGAGAGAAAGCACACACAUUUUUCCAGGGGAAUAAAUUAUUUCAGUGACACUCGUUCAGCAUCACUGCAGGAAAGCACAGCUUACCUUGAGGAUAAUCCAUCAGCAUCACCUCUUUGUAAAUCAAACGGGAGGUGACAUCACAUUAGAGGGGCUGUAGGAGAUGAGGUGACCUCCACAGGAACAAUCACAUUUUCAAUCACACUGCAGUGUGCGAUGGCAACGACGUCCAAACCAGGAAGCAUGCAGAACAACUGAGACACGUACUGUUUUUAUUUUCUAGGAGUACAUGAAGCUACUUAACUGCAGCCACAAUGACUGCAAUCAUUGGAGAAACGACAGUAUUUCCAUCUAGAAAUGUGUGAGAAAUGUUUUUACUGGUUUUCACAUCUCAAUAUGGACAAGUUGUGCGCACUCUCUUUCUUUCACAGUGUUCUGAAAAUUGGUCUAAAAAGCAUGACGGACUUUUGGUCCCAACAAUGGAAGGCUCGUCUCUGCUGCAGUGUUACUGUGAGGCAGAGAAGAGCUCUGAGGGACACCACCUGAGCUGUGGGACUGUGUCCACCAUGUGGAGUUAGAUCAGAUCACUUGGAGUGUUUGUACUGGCACAACAGGGGGACACGCACUUUGGACGGGCUUCUGCUCUGGCAGAUUAAAGCAGGGCAUCGGGCUAAAGGGCCUCAAUAAGAAUCUCUCUGUCCACCGGGUUGAAAUGUGCCAUUCAUUUCCACUUUGCAUCAUUGAGUAGUUGUUUGAGAAAAUACUUUCAGAAUCUUAUAAAAUAUGAAAAAAAGACUCGAGUGAUAGUUAAAGACUUCUGUCAAAUUCUUUUCUGUAUCUCGUUGCGUACUUUGUAGAUUUAAAGAAAAAAAACAACAACAAAAAAAAACAAAACAGUGGUCAAGAACUCCAAAAAGAGAGGCAUUGGAUGGCUGCACAUGUGCGCGAAUGUGUGUGUGUGUGUGUGUGUGUGUGUGUGAGAGAGAGAGAGAGAGAGAGAGCGACUGACAGCGUUUUAUUUGUACAGAAGAAUGUGUGACAUGUUGUUUUCCUACACACAUGGAGCAUACACCAACCACACCAGUACCUGGACUUGAGGGAGGGGUGUCGAUGCUGUUCAAUAAAAAUGUUCCUUUUCUUUUUCUGUUCUUUUGAAAAAGACAAACAAGCUGUUGCUGUAAUUGAAACUUUUUUUCUGUUGGUUUCUGCUUAUUUUAAUUUAUUUUUGUACUGUGAUGGAAAAAUAAAAUGCACUGAUCGUUCAAGGCCACCACUUGUCUCUUUGUGCCUCCAGCUGUGGACUGAUGUGCGCUCAUUUAGUUUUACAUUAUUCAACAUGUCUUUAAAAAACAAACAAACAAACAAUAAAAAACAACUUUAUUCAUACAAGGAAGUUUCACUGAGGAGGUUGCACACAUUCAUGCCCGGAAGCUGCCAUUA